AUGCAUGAUCCUCCACCACCGGUACUCCCACCCAAGCCGGGUAGCCACGACACAAGUCGUAUAGGCACGCCGGUUAUGCUCAACUCGCCCCGGCACGGCAACGGUAACGGCACCGGGCCUGAUGUGGAGAGUGCAGGUGGGAGCCGUUUGAACCAAGUCUUUCAGCCGGCCGGGCUCGAAAUAGCCCGACCUGAGUCUGUGCCUGAUCCGGGCGAACAUUGGCUUCCCAAGGUGUUGCAAGACAAGGCGUACGUUCCUGGACAUGGCAGCGGCAUCACCUGCUCGACCAAUGUGGACCUGCUUAAUGCCCUUGCACAUGCACCAAGUACGAUUCACCCAUCUCUCUCGUCGUCUCAUCAGGCCCUUCAAGCGGCCUUGACCGAAAACCUUGAGCUCGCGUCACGGCUUGUGGAACUCGAGGCUCGUCUAGCCCACCAGCGCUCCACGACUCAAGCGCAGCUUCUUUCAACACAUGCGCUCGAGCGCCAGUGGCGGCAGAAGCAAUCCGAUAUGGACCACGCGUUAGCACCCUUCUCACCGGCUGCCAUGUACCAACGCCUGGGGCAAGGUGUCCAUGAGCAGGCCUCGGUAUGCCAUGUCUUGGAGGAGAGCUUCAUCGACGGAGAGGGAGAUGGCGCGUAUGCGUCGGAGAGAGAGACAUUGGACUGGAUCAAGAGGUACAGAGACGCCAAGGUACUUUAUUAUCUUCGUCAGGAGAGGAAGGAGCGGUGGGACGAAGGUCGCGUUGGUGGCUGGAGAUGA